ACUACACCUGUUUAUAUUUUCUAUUUUGCCGAACCUAUAGCAAAAUAAGUUAAAAGUGCAUUUAAAGUGUUUAGGUAUACUAGGAAAUCGAGAAGAUAAUAGCAAACAUGGCGUUGGCAUCCAUGAUCCGGCGUUCCAUGGUGAACGGCACCAUCUACUCGGCCGUGGCCCUCCGCUUCGCAUCCGCACAGGCCGAGCAGAAGGUCUACUUCGACGUCACGGCCGACGGGGAACCCCUCGGCAGAAUCGUCAUGAAACUCCACUCCGAUGUCACGCCCAAAACUGCCAAGAACUUCAAAGACCUGUGCACUGGAGAACCAGGAUUCGGAUACAAGGGAUCCUCCUUCCACAGAAUCAUUCCCAACUUCAUGAUCCAGGGAGGAGACUUCACAAACCAUAAUGGUACCGGAGGCAAGUCCAUCUACGGAAGGACUUUCAAGGACGAGAACUUCAAGCUUAAGCACACCGGACCCGGACUGCUGUCGAUGGCCAACGCUGGACCCCACACCAACGGAUCUCAGUUCUUUAUCACAACGGUGCCUACUCCUUGGCUGGAUGGCAAGCAUGUGGUGUUUGGUGAGGUGUCCGAGGGUAUGGAUGUGGUGAAACAGAUUGAGGGGCUCGGUGACAGGAGCGGGAAGCCCAAGAAGAAAGUUGUGAUCUCAGAGUGUGGUGAAUUGAAAUCUGAAUAAAUGUUAAGAUGUGGACUGCUCCAUGGAGCAUGGUUGUUAAAAGUGUAGUAAUAGUAGAUUGUUAUGAAUAAGUAAAAACUAUGAUCAUUA